ACAAAUCCCAGUGAAUGGAAUAGCCUACUCGAACAUUACUGCAAGCUGGUACAAAAGGAACUGGACUUCGUAGCAUUUUAAGUGAGAUAAACAAAGUGAAUCGUGAUGUAGUGCGUCACUGAAGAAGUGUUUCAGUGGUUCCUGAUCACAGUUAUGAAACAUUAUUUGUAUACGAAAACUACUGUAACCAAUACAAAUGAGAGGGAGCCGCGCUGCUGCCCCGCUGCUGGUGGCGCUGGCGGUGUGUGUGGGGUGCGCAGCGGAAGACGGCGGCUGCCCGCUGCCGCAGGUCCAGUGCCCGCGCCGCGGCGUCCACGGUUUCGGGCCGCCACCGGCCAGGGGCUCCUGGACCUCCGCAACGAAGGUCGUCAACACCACGGACCGCCUCGAGUUGCAGGGCCUCGUCCUUGGGCCCAGCUGGGACGUGCCAAACUUACCCCAGUUGCGACUGCUUCGCCUGAAGCGGUGCCGGGUGCAUUCAUUACUGAAUACGACCCUCGCUGGUGCACCUGGUCUGCGGCUGGUGGAUCUCGAACACAACUUGCUGCGAACAGUAGCUCCUGGAGCGUUCCGGCCCGUUUCCAGGCUGGAGCACCUAUCACUACGCAGGAACCAACUGUCUGUGCUGCCGCAAGAUGUCUUCGAGGCCAACGGCAACCUCGUCUCGCUCGUUCUCGACUCUAACAGACUUGAGACUCUACCUGCAUCUCUCACAGCAGCCUCGAGAUCGCUGAGGUACUUGUACCUCAAGGACAAUAUGAUUCGGCACCUGAGUGCUUCUGUCUUUAGUAAGCUCACGAACUUACGACUGUUGGACGUGAGGGGCAACCCCCUGCUGCAGUUCAGCAGCAAUUCCUUCGUAAUGAUGCUGCAGCUCAAGCACUUGUCACUCUCUGUAUACGACUUUGGGCUCCUUCGCCUUCUGCGGGACUUGGUUUCGCUAAGUAUCGAAGGUAGUGGUGUCAAACAAUUCGGAUAUCAAGCUUUCGACGAAUUCACACAGCUGAACAAGCUUUCGCUGUCCAACAAUGAGCUGUUCAGCGUGGAAACUAGAACGUUCAACCAUCUGACGAAGCUUCAGGUCCUCGAUCUGAGCAGCAAUAAAAUUGAAAACAUCACGCGUUCCCCGUUCUACAUGCUGUCGAAUCUUUACUCUCUGAAUCUCGCCAACAAUAGCGUCAUGAGGCUUUUCAGCAGUUCGUUUAAAGGUCUAGGUAAUUUGCGGGAGCUAAACGUGUCGCGGAACAGGAUAAACUGGAUCAGCGCGAACGCUUUCGAGGCUCUGGGGAAGCUGUCGGUGCUGGACCUGUCGUACAACCGGCUAGAGAGCCUGGCGGCGGAGGCGCUGGCGCCGCUGCGGCGCCUGCGCCUGCUGUCGCUGAGGGGGAACCUGCUGGCCACGCCGGCGCUCGUGUCUGCCCUGCCGCCGCUGCCCGCGCUGCAGCAGCUCGACGCGUCGCUCAACGCGCUGGCGGAGCUGCGCGCAGACCAGUGGCGGUCGCUGGCGGUCCGCCUGCCGGCGCUUUGCCGCCUCGACGUGGCGGGCAACGCUCUGCACCGGCUGCAGCCGGCAGUCGCACAGUGCCUGCGCCACUGGGCCGCCGCCGCCGAGCUGCGCCUCGGCCCGCGCUGCAUAUGUGGCGCCCAGCCGCCUCCGUGGCUGGCGGACAUCGGCCUCACCUGUCCGUCUGACCCGGAGUGUCUCAUGGACCCACAGAUUGCCCGCAUGGCAAUCCUGGUCGUGACGUGCGUCGUGGCUGCGGUGCUGCUGGUUGCUAACGCGGUCCUGGGAACCGCGCUCUGUCUGAGCCACUGCCGUCGGAGACAGCAGGUGAAGCUGCGGAGGCGGCGGGGGCGGCAGCGGCAACUGGAGGCUGCCCAGAGGCGCGUCUCCUCCUGGUGGGCGCUGGAGGAGGGCCGCCCCACCGGGCUGACCGACGCGCUGCGCCAGUUCCAGCCGCCGGACCAAGAGCCCGACGUUUCGGCUCCCACGUCGCCCAUCGUCUUCAGGAGGCCCGACACUGCCGAGAGCCCUGCGCUGCGCUCUGGCUCGUGGUCCUGGUUCUACAGCCAGCCACACUCAGUACGGGGCACUCCUACGUCUCCACCGGCGAGCCACAGGACGUAGCCUGCAGCUUACAGAAUCGACAGGCUACUUUCUUCAUCUCUCUCACUAGCCGUCAGUGGUGCUAGCUUUAGGAUUAGUAUUAGAUAUUCAAUGGACACGUAAAGUGCCGUGGAGUAAGUACGCCAGCUGGACUGUAGGGAGAUACUUGUACGGCCUGUUAAAUAAGAGCUUUGUCGGCUUUACACACAAAUGGUAAAGAUAUCGCCUUAGGUCUUUUACAGCCGAAAAGAAAGAACAUUUGUCCUUCAUGCAAUGUACGUAUAGCAUUGGUUUCAAUUCUCGACUGAAAUGCACAGCGUGAGGGCAGCGCAUUGUCAAAUUUAUCCACAUUUUUAACCAAUUUAUAGCUCGUUAUUUACCGUUGUGCAGCUGACUUACAUUUACAUGCCACGGAAUGACUCAUUUUCAGACCUUUGAAGGUAACACAGCCUCAAAACGCGACUCGUAAGCUGCCCAAUUCCAAUUCUAGAGAAUUCAAAGUAAGUUAAUGCUUUGCGGAUACUGCAUGAAGAGCAAAAGUUUACUCUAUUGGGCUGCGAAAGAACUAAAGCGAUAUCUGUUACCAUCUGUGUUUAAUGCCGACCCCGCUCUUGGCAGACCAUGAGUCUUUCUGAAGAGCAGAAAAGCCAGAGUGAUAUCCAUCCGCCUGGACAGAUCAUUCGUAGCGCUCACACGUUACUUUAGCGCCUGUUCUCCAGAUAGCAGACAUUUGUGAUUGCAGAUCUGCACGGGUAAAAAAAAAAAAAGAAAAACUGCCUUCAUAUCGCUUCUUACAUAUGCAAGGCAUUUGCGUACGUCGAUGGUAAGUUACUAUAGGCACAAUCCUUUUACACGUUCGGUACCAUGGAGUUUUGUUGUUAGGUGUGAACCGGACGUGAAUUUUGGACUGUAGUAGCCGGCCUUAAUUUUCAGUCCACAGUUAAGAAAGAAUAUGUCGAUCAUCGCCUCAUUUUAAUACAAAGCAGAUUGUGGUAUGUUUGGUAUUCUCGUUUAGUUCUUACUUUUUGAAGUAAUUACGGAAACCGGUUUUGUGAAAUUUUGUGCAGAGUGUUUCAGCAAUAUUGAUGCCUCGUUACACGCUGUCGUCACAUCUUGUACAUCCGUGUUUUUUUGUUUUUGGGGCUUUCAUCUGCAAGUCGCAGUUUUACAACAAUUCUGUCUUAUGCGACUUUGAUACAAGUUUCAUUUUGCCCAGACUUCUUUCGCUUUACUUAAUCUUCAGUGGUUAGUUUUCUGGCUCCUACAUUAUAUUCAUCAAUUCUUCUGCAUACAGGCAUGUAGUUUUCGUUUGCAUUUUUUUAAAGAUGCACUGUGCGAUCCCAUUCCGCGCAGUCAGAAAGUGUAAGAGGAGAACGUAGAUUUAUAAAAGAACGCAAAAUGUGUUUCACUGCAGUGCAGUAUGCUAACAACCGAAUUCCUUUCUGUAGAAUAAUGGACGGAAACAGCGUAGGAGUAAAAAACCUGACCACUGAAGAUACUUUAAAUUUUGCUUAGUGUUGGAUGUCAUCCUUUGUAUUAUGUAUUGUGUGUUGAAACUGAGGACCUAGAAACGACGGAGAGAUUUCGUCGUGCCGUAGCCCUCAGUGGUUCACAACCCCAGAACAGACCACAGCAGUCCAUA